AUCGUCUCAUGCCCGCGACCUGUCAUCUUCAUCUGUUCUGAAGUCUGAAUCCUCCCACAUUUCUAGAAUCAUCAAUAAGCCCGAGGGCUGGUGAUUGACCGUCAUGUUCUCCCCGGCCGAGUUGAGGACGAGCGCCGAGAAGGCGGUGAUGACUGCGCGGGAACCACGCGAGCAGCUAUCCCAAACCCACGAUGAUGAAUUCACCGGGCCGCCUGUUGCCCUCCUCAGAAGGCAUCGAAACAUAUCAAUUAUUUCAGAUGCCGAGACUGCCGCCUCCAGCAUGCCGCCGCCAGCGCCUGUUGUGACUGGUAAUCGUCGACCGGGCAAGAAGGACUCUGCAAAUGGAUUGGAAAAGCAUCGCGAGCAGCUGGUGAGCCUAUUUUGGAUUCGUGAUCUACCUCUGAAAGAGGUACAGGCGACCAUGAAAAGACAACAUGGCUUGGAUGUUAGCACCAAGGUCUACAAUUCGCAGUUCCGAAAAUGGGGCAUCCGCAAGAAUCUCAAGCGCCACGAGGCCCUGGAGCUGGCCAUAGGACAGCCGGAAGGCCCCUCAUCCAUAUUCUGGCCAGAUAAGAGGGAUUCAGACUACGCAGUCCGCAUCGAUCCUGUGAACCCGCCACGGAGGCUUCGGGGACCGGACACCCUCGAAAAGGUCGAAGCAGCCAGCUACUAUCUUCAUAUGUAUAUCGUGGCGAACCAUGAGCCAGAAACAUGGUUCAGACACUGCCCUUGUUACGGAGAGCAGGGAAGCUUCAGCUCCCUUUUUGUCCGAGGCCUGGAUUGCCUAGCCCGGCACGAGAAUCCGCGGCAGGCUUUCAAAGAUAUAAACCUGGCGUUUGACCAACUGCAGCAGACCAUCACCGGGGCCCAUCCGUUGGCGUACAUGCGGCUGAUCGAUACCAUUGCUGCUUUUAGCCAAUAUACGAACUCUAGAAUCUGCUUAACCGUCUGUCAUAUGCUUUCGGACCACGUACAAAGGCUAUCGAUCAUCGUCCAUGGACCCAACCACCCUCUGAAUCACGUUUGGGGCGAGGCACUGUGCGUCUCAACCGGCGAGACACCGGAAUCUUUUGUGGUUGCAGUCGGCAAAUCAAUGCUUCGAAAAUGUAUGGUGAGACGAGAUAGAUGCCCAUUGGAGGCUUUCGACAUUGCAAAAUGUGUUCCCAGCGACGCAAGGGGCCUAGACGAAGACUCUCUACGCAGAAGUCUCGAAAACACACCUCCGAACUUAGAUCUUUCCAAGGCGCAAGAGACGAGGCUCGCGCUUGCUGAGCUAUUGAUCAGCCAGAACAGUUUGGCUGAGGGUUGUCAUUUCUACAGGGUGGCAAUGGCAUUCCAGGAUGAUGACCCAGUGCGUCGUGCGAGCAAAAGGUUCUGGGCAGCCGAGCUGCAAUGGAGAUCAGGAAGCACAUGGGGUUCAAUUGACACCAUGAAGGCAGCACUCGCGUGUGCCAAAGUCGAGCCCGAGGAUGUGCAGGGUGAUGGAACCACGGAGAUGUUGAGGCAGGAGAUAGAAGGCGUUUUGAACCGGAGGCCUAGCCUGCUUGCGACGAGGGAAAAAGCCAAGCAUGUCCGGGCUGGGCACAAAUGCCCGGCAAUAUUGUUGUAAAGCAAAAAUGGUUGAAAG